GAGACCUUCCAGAAAAGAUUGGAUGAUUCUCCUGACUUGAAUGUGCAGAAGAAUACUGUAUCAAGGAUAGCAAAGAAAGUAGAGAGGGAGAUCUUCAAGCUCUUUUGCUGUGUUGACCAGCAUUACAAAAACAAAUACCGCAGCUUGCUCUUCAAUCUGAAAUCUACAGAAAAUCAGCACCUCUUCCGCAAGGUAAUACUUGGAGAGAUCACCCCAGAGAGGCUAGUUCAGUUGAGCUCUUUAGAGUUGGCACCCAAGGAACUAGCAGAGUGGAGAGUCAAAGAGAACAAACGCGAAUCACUCUCAUUCAAGGAAGGGAAUCCUAGUUGUGAGAUCUCUGCAACACCUGUGAGAGACCCAAGAGAUAAGCACUGGAGUCAUUUGGGAGACUUCGGCUAUUUUAGUUGUUCUGGACAAAUGACUGCUGACAACGAGAGGGGAUUUAAGCCGCCUAAAUGUACUUUAAACCAGAAAGCAAAUGCCUCCAAACGUUUGCACCAGAGCAUCAUGUACCCUGAAGGAGGAGAACGAUCUCUGCAGGAGGAAAGUUCUGUUUCACCUAGCACUCCUAAGAAACAUCGAUGGGUGAAGAAGCAGCCCAAGACCUCGUUAAUCUGGAAAGGACUCAUUCAGAUGUUCAGUGUGAAGCAGUUUGUGGCAGAAGCCUACCCUGUUUCAGGCUCCAGCGGUCAACUCUGUCAGGGUUUACCUCAUCUUCUUCAGUCAAGGGGCUGUAUUCUCCCAGAAGAUGUCUGGGUCUAUUUAGACAGCAUGUGGCCAGCAAACAGCAAGGAGAUGGGUGUGAUACAAUUCUACCCCAGCUUAUCCAAAGACUUCAACCCUUACAACAUGCUCUAUUCCUACCUGAACAAUAAACAGAGAUAUGGCAUAGUGGACAGUAACCAGAUGGAGAUAUUCAUGGUGCCAUUAGCAGCUUACCAGCCAGUGCCUUCUAAACUUCACCCAUUAGGUGGCCCAGGACUUGAUCCAAGCCACCCUUCUUUGUUGCUGGGGCUAAUUCUGCCCAAAAGAACUUGCACAGGCACUUUUGAAUCAAGACCCAACCCUGUACCAAAAGCCAAGAGAAAGAGUGUCACCUUUAAGGACAGCAUUGAAACAAAGUAUUUUGCUCUGCCGUUACAUUCACAGGAGGACCCUAGUCAGACAGGGCCCCUACAGCCUCUGUCUAUGGACCGUCUUCUCUGUGGAAAUGAGGGUCCUCUGAUGGGCCUUCUAAGGCAAGAGCCACUCACAAUUGAUGCUCUCCACAACCUCACAGAAGAGCUUGGCAGACAGAUGCUUCAUCAAGACCCUUCUUGUUUGCACCAGAAAAAGGCAGAAGAUGAAGCCAACCCAUCUCUGUUAGGUGACACUCUCCAGUUACUACAUGAUGCCCCUUGGACUGAGGGACAGUUGGGCCAUUUGACUCUAGAAUCUCUGGGAACACAGCCACCUCCGGAGGAGGAACAGGUGCAGUUUUGCAUUGAGUCUGACCCAUCUCAUUUCUGGAACACUCUUGGGCUUCUCUUGCCUUCUGAGUCUCUAUGCUCACAGCAGCAUGGACCAAAGGGAGGAGGAAGAGGAGGGGAAAACAUCUUAGAGGUCCCAUUCUUAUCGAGUAUGCUUUGUGCUGAAACUGGGUUGCUUAGUGAAGUGUCUCAGCUUUUAUCUUCAGCUCAGAUUCCAUGCACCAGAUGUUCUCCUGGAGAACCCAACUCACUUGUGGAGGAAACUUUAUCCCUCAUCCAGCAUGUGAAACAGCUGCAGUCCCAUAUGCAGAACCAGGAGCCUCAGCCAGCAGCUACAUUCAGUCUUCCUGUAAUGCCGCAGGAAAUCACCUCUGCAUUGUCUCAGGCUGUAGCAGGAUUAGAGUUUCCACCAGUCCAGCUUGAUGGUGGCACAGAUGCCCAGCUUCAGUUGCUCUUGUCCAAUUUGAUGGGACAAACACAGUCCUCUUCUGCAGUUUAAUACCUCCAUACUCUUAAGCGAGAGUAUGCUUUCAAGAAACAAAG